CUCAGCUUUAACACACCUUGGCUGAGUCUGGAUUUAAAAAAAAAAAAGUGUGAGCUAAAAAACUUGUGGAAGAAAACAUCAGGGGAAGAGAGAGGAAGGAUUUAUCCAAGUUGAUUCUCAUUCCUUCACAGUCUCAAGCUAGGUGGCUAUGGUAUGGACGUAACCCAGAAAAGCAAACGGGAUGGCACUGAAGUCACCGAAAGAAUUAUCACUGAAACAGUAACUACAAGACUUACAUCCUUACCUCCAAAAGGAGGAACCAGCAAUGGCUACUCUAAAACAGGCUCUCUUGGUGGAGGGAGCCGACUGGAGAAACAGAGCCUGACGCAUGGCAGCAGUGGCUACAUCAACUCAAGUGGAAGCAUAAGAGGCAACGCCUCUACCUCCAGUUACAGGAGGGCUCAUUCACCUGCCUCGACUCUGCCCAAUUCACCAGGCUCAACCUUUGAAAGGAAAACUAAUGUCACCCGCCGUGCAACAUACGAAGGGAGCUCCAGUGGAAACUCUUCCCCAGAGUGCCCGCGGAAAGAAUUUGCAUCUUCUUCAACUAGAGGACGGAGCCAAACACGAGAGAGUGAGAUCCGAGUUCGAUUGCAGAGUGCUUCCCCAUCUACCCGAUGGACAGAAUUGGAUGAUGUUAAACGCUUGCUCAAGGGGAGCCGAUCAGCAAGUUCAAGCCCCACACGGAACUGCUCCAACACACUCCCCAUUCCCAAGAAGGGCACCGUGGAGACCAAAACGGUGACAGCGAGCUCCCAGUCGGUGUCUGGCACCUACGACACGACAGUCCUGGAUGCCAACCUUCCCUCUCAUGUGUGGUCCUCCACCUUGCCCGCGGGGUCCUCCAUGGGGAGCUAUCACAACAACAUGACAACCCAUAGCUCAUCGCUCCUCAACACCAAUGCCUAUUCCUCAGGAUCAGUCUUUGGAGUUCCAAAUAACAUGGCAUCCUGCUCUCCAACGCUGCAUCCUGGACUGAGCACCUGUUCCUCAGUGUUUGGCAUGCAGAACAAUCUGGCCCCCAGCUCGACCACCCUGUCACAUGGCACAGCCACCACUUCCACAGCAUAUGGUGUCAAGAAAAACACGUCCCAGAGCCCUACUGUAGUGAGCACCGGCAUGUCCACCUCUGCCGCUUGCACCACAAGUGUCCAGAAUGAUGACCUUUUGCACAAGGACUGUAAGUUCCUGAUUUUGGAGAAAGACAACGUGCCUGCCAAGAAGGAGAUGGAGCUGCUGAUCAUGAACAAGGACAGUGGGAAGGUGUUCACAGCCUCCCCCGCCAGCAUCGCUGCAACUUCUUUUUCAGAAGACACCCUUAAAAAAGAAAAGCAAGCCACCUACACUGAUGACACCUACCUAAAGUCUGAAGCUAAUGGAGACCUGAAGACAGCAUCCACCAAGGGCAAGCUCGCCUCUGCAGACAUCCACGGCUAUGACCACGGCGGCGGUGGCCGCGGCGGCGGCGGCGGCGGCGGCGGCGGUGUUGUUGUAGGCCCCUGGGGGGCAGCGCCAGCCUGGUGUCCCUGCGGCUCCUGCUGCAGCUGGUGGAAGUGGCUGCUGGGCCUGCUGCUCACCUGGCUGCUUCUCCUGGGGCUGCUCUUCGGCCUCAUCGCUCUGGCGGAGGAGGUGAGGAAGCUGAAGGCGCGAGUGGAUGACCUGGAGAGAGUCAGGUCCAGUGUGAUAGAACUCAAUAUGGAGAGGAGCAACAAGGAACGUCUCAAGGGUGUUGCACCCGGAGUGGGAACAGGCCUGGGGACAGGUGGGCUGGACAGCCACAGUCAGGAGACACUCUGGAUAUUCAUGAGGAACAAGCUACUGACAGAACAGAAAAAUGGAAACCUCCUAGGAAGCCCUGGUCCAAAAGGUGACAUGGGAAGUCAAGGCCCUAAAGGUGAUCGAGGACUCCCUGGGACUCCAGGUGUCCCUGGGCUCUUGGGCCACCCAGGUCCAGAAGGACCAAAGGGACAAAAAGGCAGCGUAGGAGAGCCUGGCAUGGAGGGCCCCAUGGGCCAGAGAGGGCGAGAAGGCCCCCCAGGGCUCCGCGGUGAUCCAGGACCACCUGGGCUUGGUGAGAAAGGGGACAGAGGGGCUGCUGGGGAGCCAGGACUACAAGGCCCACCUGGUGUCCCGGGUUCUGUGGGUCCCAAAGGCUCCAGUGGUUCUCCUGGCCCUCAUGGUCCCCCAGGUCCCAUGGGUGUCCAAGGACUCCGUGGUGAAGUGGGACUCCCUGGUGUCAAAGGUGACAAAGGACCUAUGGGACCACCAGGACCCAAAGGUGACCAGGGUGAGAAAGGACCCCGAGGUCUCACAGGUGAACCUGGCAUAAGAGGUUUGCCUGGUGCUGUGGGCGAGCCUGGAGCUAAAGGAGCAAUGGGUCCCACUGGCCCUGACGGACAACAAGGCCCAAGAGGUGAACAAGGGCUUACAGGGAUGCCUGGAAUACGUGGCUCACCAGGACCUUCUGGAGACCCAGGAAAGCCAGGUCUCACUGGACCCCAAGGACCUCAGGGACUUCCUGGUGCCCCCGGCCAACCAGGGUCUAAAGGUGAACCAGGAGCUCCAGGCAGGAUCGUGACUGCAGAGGGGUCGUCGACUAUCACUGUGCCAGGCCCCCCAGGACCUCCUGGAGCUAUGGGACCUCCAGGACCUCCAGGAUCCCCAGGUCCUGCUGGCCCAGCUGGUCUCCCAGGACAGCAAGAAGGUAUUGAUCUACAAGGUCCUCCAGGUCCACCUGGGCCACCUGGGCCACCAGGGCCUUCCAUUCCAGGCCCCCCAGGACCCCGAGGCCCAGCAGGGGAAGGAUUGCCAGGCCCACCAGGCCCACCAGGAUCUUUCCUUACCAACUCAGAAGGCUUAUUCUCUGGGCCCCCAGGCCCACCUGGCCCCCCCGGUCCCAAGGGAGACCAAGGGCCCCCAGGUCCCCGAGGACACCAAGGCGAGCAAGGCCUCCCAGGGUUCUCAACCUCAGGUUCCAGUUCUCUCGGAAUCAACCUGCAGGGACCCCCAGGCCCUCGGGGACCCAAGGGUGACAAAGGUGAUCCUGGUGUUCCAGGAGCUCCUGGCAUUCCUGGUGCUUCCUCUCGAGGUAAGACCCUAAGCACCAUGUACAUGCCCGGCCCGCCAGGCCCACCAGGGCCUCCUGGGCCUCCAGGCUCCAUCAGCAGCUCCGGCCAGGAGAUUCAGCAGUACAUCUCUGAGUAUAUGCAGAGUGACAGUAUUAGGUCUUAUCUAUCUGGAGUUCAGGGUCCCCCGGGCCCACCUGGUCCACCAGGCCCUGUCACCACCAUCGCAGGCGAGACCUUUGACUACUCAGAGCUGGCAAGCCACGUCAUAAGCUACUUACGGACCUCAGGGUAUAGCAUCGGAACAGCCUCUGCUUCCAUCUCCUCUGAAGAUAUCCUGGCUGCGCUACAACGGGCGGACGUGCGUCUGUACCUACAGCAGUACCUGAUGGGCCUUCGGGGACCACUGGGGGCUGGAGACGGGACCCUCCAGUCUCUGGACUACGCAGAGCUGAGCAACCGAAUCCUCAGCUACAUGUCCAGUUCUGGGAUCAACAUUGGGCUGCCUGGCCCACCAGGCCCUCCUGGCUUGCCAGGAACAUCCUAUGAGGAGCUACUCUCUUUGCUUCGAGAGUCUGAUUUUGGAGGCAUCGUGGGACCCCCAGGUCCCCCUGGGCCACCAGGGAUCCCAGGCAAUGCGUGGUCCAGCAUCAGCAUGGAGGACCUCUCCUCUUACUUGCACACGGCAGGCUUGUCAUCCAUCCCAGGCCCUCCAGGCCCCCCUGGUCCACCAGGCCCUCGAGGACCCCCAGGUGUUUCAGGAGCUCUGGCGACCUACGCAUCCGAGAACAGCGACAGCUUCCGGAGUGAACUGAUUAGCUACCUCACAAGUCCUGACGUGCGCAGCUUCAUUGUGGGCCCCCCGGGGCCCCAGGGGCCCCGGGGGCCCCAGGGGCCACCUGGAGACAGCGGCCUGUCAUCAGAAGGCUCCUACAGUCGGAGUAGCAGCUCCUCCUACAGCUCGUCGGCGGGCAUCGGAGGAGCCAAUGGAGGCUCCCUGGGCGAUGGGGGUCCCUAUGGCACUGACAUUGGCCUGGGCAGAGGCUAUGGGGCAGCAGCAGAAGGUGGCAUGUACGGUGGCAAUGGUGGAUCAUUCGGGGCUGGCUUUGCCGGAGGUGUGGACGAGCUGGCUGUUCGGGUGUCAGAGAGCCUGCAGCGUCAGGGCCUGCUACAAGGGAUGGCCUACACUGUGCAGGGCCCACCAGGCCGGCCUGGCCCCCAGGGGCCCCCUGGCAUCAGCAAGGUCUUCUCUGCUUACAGCAACGUGACUGCAGACCUCGUGGACUUCUUCCGAACUUAUGGUACCAUUCCAGGACCCCCUGGGCAGAAAGGAGAGGUGGGCACCCGAGGACCCAGAGGUGAGAGGGGCCCUGCAGGACCACCCGGACAGCCUGGCCCACCUGGCCCCCAAGGGCACAAGGGAGAAAAAGGAGACAGAGGUGACCAAGUCUAUGCUGGGCGGAGAAGGAGAAGAAGUAUUGCAACCAGGCCAUGA